AGCAAAGCGACCAGGAGGCAGACGAGAACUUGGAGGGAGUCGCCUCGGGCUGGCGGCGAGGGAGUGGGGAGAUCUGGGCUGCAGACCCGCCGCGAUGGGCUCUCUCCCCGCAGCCGCGAACUGGACGGACGCUGCGGCGACGGCGGGUGUGCACGCCGGGAACCUGAGCGCGGUGCUGGCGGCAGGGGCAGGCGCAGGGGCGGCUGAGGCCGGGUGGCUGCACCUGCUCGCCCAAGCCGGCAACCUCUCCACCUCCCCCUCCACACCGGGGCUGCCCGCCACCUCCCCAGCGCCUUCGCAGCCGCGGGCCAACCUCACCAACCAGUUUGUGCAGCCGUCGUGGCGCAUCGCGCUCUGGUCCCUGGCGUACGGCGCGGUGGUGGCCGUGGCGGUCUUCGGCAAUCUCAUCGUCAUCUGGAUCAUCCUGGCCCACAAGCGCAUGAGGACCGUGACCAACUACUUCCUCGUGAACCUGGCUUUCUCCGACGCCUCUAUGGCUGCCUUCAACACCUUGGUCAACUUCAUCUAUGCGCUUCACAGCGAGUGGUACUUCGGCGCCAACUACUGCCGCUUCCAGAACUUCUUUCCUAUCACAGCGGUGUUCGCCAGCAUCUACUCCAUGACGGCCAUUGCGGUGGACAGGUAUAUGGCCAUUAUUGAUCCUUUGAAACCCAGACUGUCUGCCACAGCAACCAAGAUUGUCAUUGGAAGUAUCUGGAUUCUAGCGUUUCUACUUGCCUUCCCUCAAUUUCUUUACUCCAAAACCAAAGUCAUGCCAGGCCGUACUCUUUGCUAUGUGCAAUGGCCAGAAGGUCCCAAACAACAUUUCACUUACCAUAUCAUUGUCAUUAUCCUGGUGUACUGUUUCCCAUUGCUCGUCAUGGGUAUCACAUACACCAUCGUUGGAAUCACUCUCUGGGGAGGAGACAUCCCAGGAGAUACCUGUGACAAGUAUCAUGAGCAGCUAAAGGCUAAAAGAAAGGUUGUAAAAAUGAUGAUAAUUGUCGUGGUGACUUUUGCCGUCUGCUGGCUGCCCUAUCAUAUUUACUUCAUCCUCACUGCGAUCUAUCAACAACUAAAUAGGUGGAAAUACAUCCAGCAGAUCUACCUAGCCAGCUUUUGGCUGGCAAUGAGCUCCACCAUGUACAACCCCAUCAUCUACUGCUGUCUGAAUAAAAGAUUUCGAGCUGGCUUCAAGAGAGCAUUUCGCUGGUGUCCUUUCAUUGAAGUUUCUAGUUAUGAUGAGCUGGAGCUCAAGGCCACCAGGUUUCACCCCACGCGGCAAAGCAGCCUGUACACAGUCACCAGGAUGGAGUCCAUGACAGUGGCGUUUGACCCCACUGACCCAGACAACACCAAACCCAGCUGGAAGAAGAGAGCAGCUCCACGAGACCCUGGCUUCAAUGGCUGCUCCCAGAGGAAUUCCAAGUCUGCCUCCACCACCUCAAGUUUCAUAAGCUCACCUCAUACCUCUGCGGAUGAAUAUUCCUAAAUCCAUUUCCUGACGUCAAAGAGCACUGUGAGGCCAUCAUGGGGCCGGCUCUGGCUCCCAUCCUCCUGUUUGCCCACCCUGUCGUAUAUAUUCUCUGGAAACAGAGGGCAAUUUAUAGGCAGCUGUGCUACAAUUUAGAAAGGUAGCAUAUAAAUGUAACAAAGACACUAUUAAGAUAUUUGACCCCUCAAAAAUAAAAUGGCUUUAAAAUUUAUUAUUUAAAACUAAAUUACUGUAUGCAACAAAUUGAAAGAUGUAUCUGUUCCAUUUUCUCAUUUAAAAAUUGUAAUCUACAUUUGUGACACUAAAGUAAAGUGAUUUUUCCAAAAGAUUAAAGCAGCUUUAAAAAUGUAAUGUUGUGAGUGAAUAAAAAAACUGUAUCAAAUGAAAUAUUUUACAGCUAUUAAAAAAUUACAAGAUGAAUUUUUCCACUAGAAUGAUGAAAUUAAUGUCAAAGAGUAGGAAUCAGUGAAAAUCUUUGCUCAAGUGAACUCAUUUUGUGGAAUACACACUUUUAAAGACUUAAAGAUUUUCUCCAUGAGAUGUAACUGAAAAGGAAAUCUAGUAGAACUAUUAGGCAGCUGUACAUGUCAUUCUGUUUAUCAUUCUUUCUGAAAAAGUAGCUCCAAAAGAAAAAAUCGUUUACUUUUUGACCAUUCCAUAUUUUAAAGUUCCAAGCUAGGAAACAAUCAGUUUUUGGACCUUAAAAAGAUGAAGAAAUUCCUAUGAUCAUCUUUAUUUUUCAUAAAUAUAUUUUUUAAAUUUUAAAUAGGCAAAUUAUAAAACACUGAUAGAAGGAAAGAAUCCCAUUGGUGUUUGAAACUGACUACCAAUUCAUAGACAUGAAUUAAAGAUAUUAAUUCAUAGUUAUGAUAGCAGGCAGGAGCAUCUAACAGCUCCAAGGGAAGAUAGAUUUUUCCCUCAUAACCCAAGGAAAAUGUUUAAGAUGGACACCAACUUUACCAAUUGUACAGUAUCUUUCUCCUCUCCUCUCCCACCACUGACAAAAGAGUAAGAACUAUGGGAAAGUAUCAGAAUAUAUAUUCAAAAGCAUACCCUUAGAAAAGAAAGUCUAUGUACUAGCCAUAUGUACUAAUAAAUAGGUGAAUCAGGCAAGAUGUUGAAAGGUUAAUCACUUUUAGAACAGAAAGCUAGACAACAGUUUGGAUACAUGUGAACUAGUAUUAGGCCAAUGAGUGUAAUACAGACUUUCCACAGGGCUUUCCUUUGUCUGCUUAGAUAAUUCAGAAACACCCCCCUCAAAAGAAAUGAGCUAGUGGUCCUGUUUUACUGAAGAAAAAAAUACUGACACAUUUCUGAGUGCCAUAAAAAAACAAGGUACACUCUUAAGUGUAGAAUUCAUCUUCCAGACUUCAGUUCUUAUAAAUGGUCUUUUCUUGAAUGAGAAAUACUGUCAAUACUGCUCCAAAAGGCAGAAAACAUUCAGAGAAUGUAGAUUUACACUACAAACAUUUCCUUUAAAAUAUUCAGUUAGAUUGCUUUAAAGCUAUCUAGCUAAAAUAAUUACCUGUAGCACUUUACUGGAUUGUUAUGCUCCAUCAAUAUAGAAUCCAGUGUUGUUUUGAAGAACACAGUAAAAGUAAUUAUCAAGAGCAAAUCAUGGCCUAUUGCUACAACUGCAUUAAAGUUUCCAAUCCUCCCUAGUUUGAAUGCAAAAUCAGAAAUAUCUAAUAGUUAUAAAGUGUUAAAUGUCUAAACAACUCUACCAUAUAUGUUUAAGCAAAAUUUCUUCUGAAUACACCAAUAAAUAAACACUUAAAAUCAUUUUAAUGUGUGUAACAACUUCAAAGAAUUAAAUUCAAAACUGAAUGCUGAAAUAUAAGUGGUCAUUAUGGAGUCUGCAUCUGAACAGCGUGAUUUUGGAAUUACCUGUAUGGGAAAAAUUAAAGCAAACAUUAUUAUUGUAGAAUCCAUUUUAACAUUGUUUUUAUUUUAACAAGCUCAGUAUGCUGCUGCAUUAUUCCAUCUCCCAAUGUAAAAAGAUGGUGACAUUUCUGACCCAGCAUCCAAAUUCAUAUUCUUUUCCAGAUUAUUACAAUUUCUUACAAACAAAGAUCUGACCAACUUCAAAGUGAGCUCUAUCCUUACAAAUCACAUAGAAAAAUGCCAAAAAUCUUAGUGUCAAACCUCAGAAACACAAAGUAAAUGUGAAAAGUCAAUGCUGGCCAACUCAGAACUGACCUUGAUUUUCGUUAAGGCAGAAUUUCAUUAGAAAACUUCUGAUUAGUGUCUGGUUAAUAAUUUCAUCAACUACAGAGGCAAGGGAGUUAUAAUAACUUCUUACACUUCUAACAGUAAUAAUCUGAGUUCCCACUUGUUGAUGGUGUGCUAAAGUUAAGGAAAUUAAGCAUGACACUCAUCAUGGAGAAUAGAAACGUUGUAAUAAUUUCCCUUAGGGCCAAGCAGAAUUGGAGAAUAAAGUUGUAUAGUUCUGUACAAUGUCAAUAAUUGUGUGAUGUAAAAAUGGUUUGGUGAAAAUCUGUGUAUAUAAGAAGUAAAUGUAUAUAAAGUUUGCAGCUAGUGAAUAAAGUAUUUUCAAGUCGUGGUCAUUCUGAAUAGGUUUAAUACAUUCAUACCCUUUGUAUAUGUGGUAAUAACUGACAGAUUUGAUUUCUCUUUUCUUUAAAAACAUUAAAAAUAAUAUUAAAAAUAAAAGCAACCCUAAUAUUUUCCCACUGGCAAGCAAAAGAUAUUAGUUCUUACUUAACAUACUCACCCAACCCUCAAAACUAUAUUGUGCUUUCUUCCUCAUUUUCCCUCAUUAAAAAGUCUAGAUUUCCUAAGCUAUCUUGAGUCA